GGUGAAAAUGAGGACAAUCAAGAAGGACUGCUAAAUGAGAGCUUAUCCGUCCCUCAAUCAGGAAAUACCAUUUCCAUAACGCCUGGCCCGAGCUUCUGGUCAUGGAUACCUCCUCCAGACAUAUCUCUUAAUGAUGAAAAUAAACUACAAGCAGAUGCCAAAAUAUCCGCAUUUCCAAAUGUUACCAGUCCUGUGAUAGAGAAAGAGCGGUCAGCUGAAUUUCUGCCAAUACCAUUUGAAAGUGUCAUUUUGGGAAGUAGCAAAGCCGGUCCUUCUCUCCCUCCUCUUCAGUCACUCGUGGAGGUUGAUUUGGACACUUCAAUGUCUACUGUAGAGACACCUCAUGAACUUGGUGCCCAGUUUUCAACACAUGCUGCUGAAGCUGUUCUUGCGCUGGAGCAGGUCAUAAGCGAUGGUUCUUCCUAUGGAGUUAAUCCUGAUGGGUCAAAGUGGUGGAAGGAGACUGGAAAUGAACUAAGACCUGAUGGGGUUCUGUGUAAGUGGACAGUGAUGAGAGGAGUUAGUUCAGAUAAAGCUGUUGAAUGGGAAAAUAAGUAUUGGGAAGCUGCUGAUGAGCUCGGUUACAAGGAAUUAGGUUCUGAGAAAUCUGGACGUGACGCGGUGGGAAGUGUGUGGCGUGAAUAUUGGAAGGAGUCCAUGUCAGAGAGUAAUGGCCUUGUCCACAUGGAGAAAACUGCAGAUAAGUGGGGAAGGAAUGGGAGAGGUGAAGAGUGGCAAGAACAAUGGUUGGAGAAAUAUGAUGCUACUGGCCAAGCAGAGAAAUGGGCACAUAAGUGGUGCACCAUUGAUCCUAACACACCUCUUGAUGCUGGCCAUGCUCAUUUGUGGCAUGAGAGGUGGGGUGAGAAGUUUGAUGGGCAAGGGGGAGCAAUGAAAUACACGGACAAGUGGGCUGAGAGGUGUGAAGGGGAUGGGUGGUCAAAAUGGGGAGACAAGUGGGACGAACACUUCGAUAACAAUGGUCACGGGGUGAAACAAGGGGAGACGUGGUGGGAAGGCAAGCGUGGCGAUAGAUGGAACCGCACAUGGGGGGAGGGGCACAACGGUUCGGGAUGGGUGCACAAGUAUGGGAAGAGCAGCAGUGGGGAGCAUUGGGACACUCAUGCACCACAAGAAACAUGGUACGAGAGAUUCCCGCAUUUUGGCUUCUAUCAUUGCUUUGAGAACUCUGUCCAACUCCGACAAGUUAAAAGACCUUCUGAAUCGCCCUAAGUAGGGUUCUUUGUGAUUGAUUGUUGUUGUUGUUGUAGCUUCUAUUAUACACAUAUUGUGAGAUUAAAAAAUAAGAUGUGUGAUGAUUUUCAUUGCUUAAUGUUAGGCUUUGUUUGGUAAAAUAAAAUAAAUACUUAACACCACAGCUUGUUUCCCGUAGUAUGGAAAUACUUUUUCCCCAGGUGGCAAAUAAAUGCAACUCUCUACUCCAGCCAAAGUUAAGCCUUAUAUUCAAAACAACAACAAAGGCCCUGUUUGCGCCUUUGCAUUUUUUAUAUUGUAAUAUAUUUAAAAGUUACAUGAUACACUUUAUAUAAUAAUAAUUUCAA